AUGGCGACCACCACCGCAACACCAGCACAGCAGCCCCUGCUGUCCCAAGCAGCAGUGGUUCAGAAAUACCGCCAAUUGACUCAAGAAUGCCAACAGCUCAUGAGCAAGGUGGCCGAGUUGGAACAGGAACGCAAUGAACACAAGCUCGUGGAAGAGACCCUCACGCCCUUGGAUCCAGAUCGAAGAGCCUACCGACUCGUAGGUGAAGUGCUGGUGGAACGCACGGUCAAGGAAGUCUUGCCGUCCGUGAAAGAGAAUCGAGAGAAUUUGGAAAAGACCAUUACAACAUUGCGUGAACGAUUGACAGAACGGCAGAGACAGACCGCAGAAUUCAAAGCUGAAUAUAAGCUGCAAUAA